AUGUCGCGUCCUUCGUUCAGGGCUCGGCCCAUCGACAUCAGCCAGGCGUUGGCCAUCGUCAGGGAUGAAUCCGUCCUUAACGAUGAGUCGCAGGCGGUGGCGAGAGAGGUGACCCACGCGCACAAAAAUCUGGACAAGGACAACGAGGAGGUGCUCACCAAGCCGGUGGACGGCAGCAAGAGCAAGGACGGCAAGGACAAGGAGAUUCCAAUCCCCGAGAUUCGCAAGGUUGCCUCGUACGAGCAGGACUACAGGCCCAAUUUCGUCAAACCCGCGACGUACCUGCGGUCGCCAACCUUUGGCGCGCCCCCCGGCGAGGCGGUGGAGUACGACCUCGACAACGACGACGAGGACUGGCUCACGGCGUACAACGACGGCCAGAACAGGUUGCCCGCGGAGAAGCUCGAGCUGAUGAUCUGGAAGCUCGAGAUUGCGUGCGGCGAGGCGAACGAGGCUUGGAUGGCGCAGAGCGCGGCGACGGCGACGGAGCGGGGUCAGAUCGUGUCGUACCAGGACCGGUGCGUGCAGAUGGCGAGCACCGCCGCGCUGCCCAAGGAAAAGGCGCUGGAGCUGCUGACGGACAUCAGCGGGCGCCCCGCCAUCCUGGAGGCUGUGUACAAGUACUGGACGGAGAAGCGAUUGAAGACGGGGAAGCCGUGCCUGCGCCGGCUGCAGCCGCCGCCCGCGCCCGGCGACUCCAACCCGUUCAACGUCUUCCGCCAGCGCGAGAAGACCAACAGGCCGCAGACCCGCCGGCGCAGGGAGAACGACGCGGGAAGCUACGACAAGAUGCGCCAGAUUCGUCGCCAGAUGGAGAUGGUGUACGCGGUUGUUGAGCUGCAGCUGCGGCGCGAGGAAAAGAAGCUGGAGCGAUCGCGGUGCGAGUGCGACGCGCAGACGCUGCAGAUCAAGCUGAGGCACGAGCCGAGGACGGUGCACGAGGAAAUCGAGGCGGAGUUUGCCAAGAGACCCAGCGCCCGGGCGCUGUCGCCCAAGGAGCUGGAGUGGGAUCCGCAGAGGCCGACGAGUUUGCCGCUGUCGCAGGCGGAUGUCGUCGUCGGACCCGACGGUGCGUAUCGGCUCGGCGGCGAAAGAUUCGCGCCGAGGCAAACGGAGCAGACGGGGAAGCACGGCAAGAAGCGACGUCGCGACGACGCGAUGGCGGUGCACCUGGCGCAGGCGAAGGGGUACGAUCCACGCGUGAUGGCGCAGCUCGGAGGCGGGUUCGGGCAGCACGGCAUGCCCGCCGGAUACGCGUUGGGUCCCAACGGUCAGCUGCUCACGGACCCAGCCAUCUUGGCCAGGGCGCGGUCGAGGCCGAUCGUGCCCAUCGAGGUGGCGCCGUACCAGCCCCCGCCGGAGAUUCCGGACAUCGAGAUGAUCUUCGCGCAGACCCCGGCGCCCGAGCGGCUCGGUCGAUUCGUCUUGCCGCUGGGCAUGCACAAGCAGCACUGCCGACCGAGGAUCGCGCGCGGCGGUCGCAUCGUGUUCGAUCGGAAGGAUCCGCUCACACGCCAGCCGUACUUCAACGCGGCGGAGAUGCUGCCGAUGGACCCGGACGACGACGACGACGACAACACCCCGGCGAAGACGCCGAGGAUGAUCAGGGCGUGAAAAACCCCUUGGAUUUAGCAGAGGAACGCAAACUUAGAAGACGAAAACACCUUAGCGCCUUUAACGGUAACGAUACUAGUCAUCCC